AUGCUGUUUGUUCUCGCAGCACUGUGCCUGGUCAUGGAGAGCGUCGGCGCUGAUACAUGGUGCCUCUCUUACCUCCCAGUGAAUAAAGUGUAUAGGGAGUUCCACCGGACGAACCCAAACCUGGAAUGGAACAAUGAGCUCGCGCAAUUUGCAUGUGACGAACUGAAACGUCGAGAGGAGCACCCCGCGAAAUACAAGCUACUAGCCAAGAUGGAAUUUUCGGGCAAGCCGAACCCGUUCACUGUGCGAAGAACUCUCUUCAGAGGAACAACAAGCACCCAGAGGGAAGAUGUGACCAUUCAUAAGCCGGGCACGAAGUAUGGAUGUGACGCUUGGAACGAAGGAAACACCAUGAAAGUCCUGUGCCUUUACAACUGA